AUGAAUCACGAUCACCGCGACGCCGACCCCUCCACGCCGGAGGAGUCUUUUUCGUCCUCGAGCCGCCGCAAUGUCUCCACGCCCGACCCCUUCGUCCCGCGCGUCCCUGGUGCGCCCGGCUAUAUGACGGUGGGCUCCGGGUCAACGCCUGAAGCCGCCGCCCGUCUGGUGUCGAUGCUGGACGAUGAUUCUGGGUAUGGAGGCAGCAUGCAUGAUGGACAGUGCUCCGUCCCAAGCUGGCACUCUAACAUUGGCGAGGACAGGCCCUCGCAAUCGCCCACAGCCAUAUCGCCUGGCGGAUCUGGCAACUCGGAGCACGACAGACAGCGCAGCCAUGUCUUGCAGCUGCGAUACAACCAGAACAAGAACGCCCUGGGCCGGGCGAUUCACGGCACCAUCGAUACCCUGAAGAGCUUCCAGGAGAUGAACCUCAAGUGGCCGGCCCACUACCCCUCCGUGCACGAAGAACGCAACCCUUCACAGAGCCGCGACGCCCGCCCCGGCAUCCACCACGCACAAUCCUCGAUCGGCGACUUCGACCCAUUUGUACGCUCUCCCGAACGACCACGACCUCCCCGACGCGCUGGCACGUCUAUAGGAGACGACCCCAUUGCUGAGUCAAGCUCUGCUGCUGCUGCUGCUGCUGCUGCUGCAAAACAAAAGGAAGAGCCGCGUCUAGUUACCCAGAAGCUUGCGCAGGACUUUUCCGUUCUCAAGUUGGAACUCCGCAUGGGUGGACGCACACAGACCGACCUCGUACAUUCGCUAGAGAAGAACUCGAUCGCCUCGCUUCUCGAUGGACAGAUCCAGCAGAGCAUCCGCCACCUAUACUCCAUCAAGGAGCGCAUCGAGGACACUUCGAGCAAAGUGCUUGUUACUGGAGAUCUGAAUGCAGGAAAGUCCACAUUUUGCAACGCUUUGCUGCGGCGGAAAGUGCUGCCAGAGGAUCAGCAGCCAUGCACAAGCAUCUUCUGCGAGGUCCUGGACUUCAAGGAGAAUGGCGGUGUAGAAGAAGUACACGCAGUUCCCAUUGGCUCAACGUACAACCGCAACAACGAGAGCACCUACACAGUCUUUGACUUGAAGGAUCUUGAGAAGAUCGUCAUCGACAACGAACGCUGGUCUCAAUGCAAGGUCUACAUCCAAGAUAUCCGAGAUGUGGAUCAGUCAAUCUUGAACAACGGCGUUGUCGACAUUGCACUCAUCGACGCUCCCGGCCUCAAUGCUGACUCCCUGAAAACCACUGCGAUCUUCGCCCGGCAAGAGGAGAUUGAUGUGGUUGUAUUUGUCGUGUCCGCAACGAACCACUUCACCGAGUCGGCGAAGAACUUCAUAUUCAGCGCCGCCCGCGAGAAGGCCUACAUGUUCAUGGUGGUGAACGGGUUCGACGUCAUUCGCGAUCAGCGCCGUUGUCAAGAGAUGAUUCUGAAGCAAGUUGCUGGCCUCAGUCCGGCGACCUUCAAGGAGUCAAGCGAACUGGUGCACUUUGUCUCGAGUAACGCCAUUCCCAUGGGCGCAGGUGGAGGCUCGCCACCAGGUGACGACGGCGAUGACGACCCAUCAGACAAAGGAAAGGGCAAAGGCAAAGAAGCAGAGAAGAUUCGCGACUUCGGUGACCUCGAGACUUCGUUACGACGCUUCGUACUGGAAAAGCGAGCAAGAUCGAAGCUGGCGCCUGCUCAGACUUACCUCCUCAACGUUCUUGGUGACCUCCACAGCCUGGCAUCGGUCAACCGUGACGUUUCUCAGGCCGAACUCGACCGUGUUACAAAGGAGAUCGAAGCGCUCGAACCAGAGUACGAAGAGUCGAAGAAGGCACGCACCGAAGCCGGCGAGCAAGUAGAGCGAACGGUUGAGGACACAACAGCGGAUGUAUACAGCCACACACGCGACACACUGAACACAUGCAUUUCAAGGGUAGGGGAGCAAGACAUGGGUAUCGAAUACCCUGGACUUCUAUCCGCUUACCAGUACGCUGAGGAUUUGAGAGAUUCGAUGCUCCACGAGGUGUCAGAAACAGUGCGUCUUUGCGAAGAGCAUGCAAGAACCCAGGCUGUCCAAGGUUAUAAUAGCAUCAAGAACUUGGGCAUCCUGCACCUUGGUGACGACAUCCACGCCGGUAUCACAUUCCGGCCAGAACGCAUGUUUAAGAAAUCAAUGCACGCUCUGGCACGCCAGGUGGACAUUGAUAUCGAGCUUUGGGACUUCUUCGACGUUGCCAGCCUCUGGGAGCGUCAGGAAAAGGUCGCAGGCACUGGCAUGGCCGUCACAGUCGCUGGUGUCGUUGGUGGUAGGCUAGUCGGCGGUGUUGGCUGGCUCGAUGGUGCACUCGGUGCCGCGAAGAUUAUGGGAUCAAACAACAUGAAGAGACUUCUGAUUCCUGGUCUCAUCGCUGGUGUUGCUAUCGGCAUAUCCUACGUCCUCGCCUCAGUACCUAAAUCCCUCCCACACCGUCUUUCCGCCAAGUUGUCCCAACAACUCUCAGCUAUCGACUACACUCACCAGAACGCUCUCCGCAUCAGCUCUGAGAUCCGCCGCGCGCUCAAGAGCCCCACGAAUGAUGUUCGCAUUGGUCUGCAGCGCAACGUCGAGAAGCUGCAGCUCAAGAAGGAAGAGACAAGCAAGUUCAAGAUGGAGGCUGAGGUCGCGAGGAAGUACUUUGGCAACCUUGUGCGUAGCAGCAACGACCUCAAGCAGACCGUGCAGAGAGUCGAUCUAGAAGCUGCACCGCCAGCCUUCGCUCCAAGCCAAUGA